ACGAGACACGACGUUAAUUAGAAACAAUGUCCAUACUCGUUCUGUCACUCUUCCUUUUUGCCACUUCUUUGUACAUUUCAGGCACAAACCUAACAGCUUACGAUGUUGUCCAAAAAUACAAGUUACCACGAGGAAUAUUACCAGAAGGUGUCAUCGACUACGACCUAAACCCCAAAACUGGCUUUUUCAAAGUCUAUUUAAACAACACGUGUCGGUUUCCCAUCGAGGUAUACAAGGUCAAGUACCAGCCUAUCGUCUCGGGCUUCAUAAAAAACGGACGGGUCAGUAGGCUGAAGGGCGUAAGCGUCAAAGUGCUUUACUUCUGGCUGAGCAUCGGGGAGGUGACUAGUGACGGCCAAGAACUCGAACUCUCAGUUGGUGCUGCUUCGGAAGAAUUCUCGGCGCAUCAAUUCGCGAGGAGUCCACAGUGUGGUUGUGGGUUUUAUUGUCGCGAGCUCACAUUAUCCUCUUCAUGAAGCUCAUCAACCUCCAAGUUGUCAUGAAUAAAAUAAAUAAAUAAUCACUUUACCUAUUAGCUUAAUAAAUUGUAGUAUUCAUAUAUAUAUUAGACUAGACUAGACUAGAAUUUGAGUGGUUUGUGAUGCUAUGGAUUGGUGACU